AUGUUAAAUAUUUAUUUCACCAUUCUACAAAUUUGGUAUUUGAGCUCAAAAUUACUCCAAAAUGAGUCCUCUUCACGACGAGAAGAACAUGAAUACUCUCAAAACAAGAAUGUUAUUAUUACCAAGAAGAAUGAUGUCACGAAUCAUCAACAAAUAAGCACUUCUGCUGCACAAGGAGAUGCCUCACAACCAGCCUUGCCAAUAUCUACCCCUCCAGCCACAGAACGAAGCUUGUUUCAUGACAAUUGUAGCUAUGUCGAAGUCAAAGACAUUGGAAAGAACACAAGGUCGUAUUGGAAAUUAAGAGGAAUCUUCUUGUAUCGCAUCAUGAUGAGUCUUCUCGAAGCUCCAUUCCAAAUGAUGUAUACCAUUGUGAAAAAACGAAAAAGACUCGACUCGUCAUCAUUGCCAUCAACUUUUAAAACUUCUCCAUUUUCACAAUCUGAAAAAGAUGAAAAACGAGUAUUAAGAUUUUACGGACGAGAUGUUUUAACCUAUUUGAAAUUUCAUCAAUUAUUAUGGUGGGGACUACUCAUUCUCUUGCUCUUGUAUAGCGUCUUGCUGUAUCCCAUUCAUAUUUCACAACAGAAUCAAUUGGAUCCCAUUCAAAGAGAAAAAUUCACGACCAAUAGUACUGGCUUGAAAGUUGGAGCUAAUGAUCAAUUCCUAGUCAUUUCCUCCAUUAACACAGUUCUUAAGUUACCUGGAGUUUUAGUGGUUCAUGUCUUGCUCACCAUAUUUUCAGUGGCAUUGUGGCUCUUUUUGAUGGGUUUUCUCUUUUUACAUGAUCCUGCAUUGAAGACAUUUAAUUAUCGAGGAUGUGAUCAAGAAGGUGUGUAUGGUUCUUUUUCACCUUAUUUGGGAUGUUAUGCCGGUUGUGAUUUUUAUUUACAGGCUCAAAACAUGGCAUUGGGAUGUCCUCAUGAUGAAACACAUUUUUCACAACUCGUCUCUCCAUUCACUCUCGAAAUUCACAACAUUCCCAAACAUUUCACAAAUAAGGCAUUGUUUAAGGAAGCCAUGCAAAAGAUUUUUAGUGAAUACUCACGUAAUGUAAAUGCUCCCAAGAAUACAGAAAUUGUCUCGGCGUAUCAUGUCAUUAAUUAUUCACAACGAGACAAGUUGCAAACCAAGUUCGAGAAGCAAUUGGAACAUUUAGAAGCCUACAAUUGGUUAAUGAAAAAGAGUGAAAAAAGACCAAAGAAAUUGGUCUUUCUCGAAAAGAAGGACGACUUGGAAAUGAGACCUCCUCCGUCACCCUCGCAUCAUCCACUACGAAAUACCACAAAUUCAGAAGAUGAAAACUCACACAAAAAACGAAAAUUUGUCCAACGCGUGGAUGCCAUCUCAUACACCAAACGAAAAAUCAUUGAACUCUAUAAUCAAAUCAUGUUGAUUGAAGACGAAUUGGACUAUUCCAGUAAUUAUCCCAAUCGUGUGAAUAGUCCAAUUGUAGGAAGUGGUAUUGGUUAUGUGGUUUUUGCAUCGCGUGAAGCUUUCAAAAAUGCUCUCAAGUACGCUUCUGUAGGAGGUUACAUUCAAGCCUAUAAGAGAAAAGUGAGAGAUGAGAAUGGUGAGGAAAUUGAAUAUAUUCUGACUCGAUCAGAACGAAAUGCUCUUCCUGCUGUCAACACAGGACAUGCUUCAGAAGGAAAAGUCAGAAAAGUUCACAUGAGAGCAUUUUCAACAAAAUACGAACAACCUGAUAUUAACUGGAAUUCACUCUAUGAUCGAUAUGAACAAUCAUGGAUCAAACCUGUCAUCAUUCGAAUGGUCAUCUUUAUUCUCAUGUUGCUCAUCUUGAUAUUUUUAACAACACCUGUCACCAUCCUUUCAAGUGUCGAUGCAUUGUUUACCAUCCCUCAAAUACGAGCAGUGAUUGAUCAAAUUGUGAGCUUUGGAGGACCAAUGGCUGCUUUCUUUUUCCAAUAUUUGCCUUCCAUCUUGUUGUUGUUGACUUCUGCACUGAUUCCUGUGCUCAUUGUGUUUUUAACAAAAUUUGAAAAAUUUAAAACCUAUGGCGAGUAUAAGAGAACUUUAUUGAGAAGAAUGACCAUCUUUCUGUGGCUCAACACUUUCAUCUUUCCAACCCUUGUAUUGACUUCAUUGGAUGGAGUGACGAACUUUUUUACCAAACCCAACAAUUGGAGUGUGGUCUUUUCGAAUUUAUUUAUGGCUGAUAAUGGAUCAUUGUUUAUGAAUUUUAUAUUGAACAAGACCUUGUGGGGAUUAACAUUUACAGUCAUUCCAUUGGUUGCUUUGAUCAUGUAUUUAAUAACGACUCGAUGCACCAGUCAUUUCUGGAAAAAGAAAGGAUUCAAAGCAUUUCACAGAAAUGUGAAACCCAAAGACAAGUUAAAAUCUGCUGAAGGUCCUGCCCUAUCUCUCGAAUCUCAAUAUGCAACCACUUUUACUGUAUUUGUAAUCAUGAUGACCUUUAGCGCAUUUUCACCCUUCAUUUUGUUGGUUGGAUUUGUGUAUUUCACAUUACGGUAUAUUGUGGAUCGAUUUACGAUUGCACGAAAUUAUUCACAUCGUCGAGUGCAACACUCACUCAAGAAACAAACCCAUUACAUUACGAGUAAUGCUCCAACAACAGGUGAAACGGCAAAGUAUUCAGAAAGUACUACUAUAUUGACAAGUCAUGUUUCAGAAGUGGAAAUGAAUAUUCAGAACGAUAUUGUGAGACAGCCCUUUGGAAGUAUAUUUGGAUUUAAAUCGGAUUAUGUGGCUCAUAGAAGAUACAUGGUGACCUUAGUGGAAUUAUUGUUGGUUGCCUUAAUUUUGUACACGAUUUACAGCAUGCUGUUUUAUGCGAGCAAGUUAUCUCAAAGUGCUGUUUUCAUUUUCCAUAUUACCAUGAUGGCAUUGUUGACAGCCGUUUUGUUAUUGUCGUGUGUUGUUGUGAAUCUUGUCCAUAAGCGAAUUAUUAAGAAGCGUCGACAGUCCAAAGAGAAAGCAUUAUCAGUCCAUUCGCAUUAUGCCAACGAUUUUUAUAGUCCAAAAUUCUAUUGGGAUUAUAAGAAUAUGCUUAAUGAGACGGUGACAAAUUUGUAA